ACUUCUGCCUGGUAUAAAGCUGGCCUGCAACGGGUCGCUUGGCAGUGGGCACGGCAGCAGCGUCAGAAUGCCGCCUAACAAUCCGCUUCUAUUUUGUAUCCAGACGCUCCUGUUUCUGCUGCUGCAACCAACGGCACCAACGGGAGCCCCAUCGACCGCAGAUGCGCAGCAGAUAUGGCUUCUGGAUAUCGACGGCGCAACUCGUGAAUCGACCAUCAACUUACUGGCCUCAAAAAUCAUCGGUGGCGGCGCUGGAACUGCCUCAGCACUCCCUCCGGAAGUCCUCACAGCGCCACCAGCGUCAACACUUCUGCCUGGUAUAAAGCUGGCCUGCAACGCGUCGCUUGGCAGUGGGCACGGCAGCAGCGUCAGAAUGCCGCCUAACAAUCCGCUUCUAUUUUGUAUCCAGUGCCCACGGCUCCUGUGCGACUUGGUUGGCGAUUCCUGCGCUCCUAUGCGGUUCUUACUGCUUCUGGGUGGCGAUGUUGAGUCCAAUCCGGGACCCAUACUUGAAGAGCUGGCCGCUCAAUUGAAGCUUAUCGCGGGUGAAAUAAAAAAUGGCCGAGCAGAAACGAAUGAAAACCUCAAUGCGCUUGAUAAAAAGCUAGAGAAAAUUGCUAGCCUUGAGACUAAAGUGACUGACUGUGUCAACAGAAUAGCUGAACUUGAAUGCAGUGUUGAAAUUAUGGCCAAAAAACUAGAUGCCCUCAAAAACAGAAGCCGUCGUUCUAAUCUGAUCGUAUAUGGUGUCGAGGAACGAGACAACGAGUCGACUCAAGUACUUGAAACAACUGUAGUUAAGGAAAUUUUCGAGGAUGUACUUGGCGUAACGAUAUCGGGAGUCGAACGCAUCCACCGUCUUGAGAACACCGCUGCGUCGGACGUGGGCAAGAGGGGGCCGCAGCGAGCGCCAGAAGUGAAAAGAGGCGGCGGAGGCUUUGUGGGUACCUCCUCUUCAGUCCAAUCUUAG